CCGGCGGGGCAUGCGCCGCGUACUCUGACUGGGCACCGACCGGGCUCCGGGAGCGCGAGGAGCCGCGGCUCCGGCCAUGGGCAGCUUCCAGCUGGAGGACUUCGCGGCGGGCUGGAUCGGAGGUGCAGCCAGUGUCAUCGUUGGCCACCCUCUAGACACAGUCAAGACUCGCCUGCAGGCCGGCGUCAACUAUGAGAACACCCUCAGCUGCAUCCGCACGGUGUACAGGAGAGAGAGUGUGUUCGGCUUCUUCAAGGGCAUGUCCUUUCCCCUUGCCAGCAUCGCUGUCUACAACUCGGUGGUCUUUGGGGUCUUCAGUAACAUGCAGCGGUUCCUCAGCCAGCACCACGGCCGGGAGUCUGAGGCCAGCCGGUCCCACACACUGUCUGACCUUCUCCUGGCCAGCAUGGUGGCCGGCGUGGUCUCCGUCGGGGUGGGGACGCCCGUGGACCUCAUCAAGAUCCGGCUGCAGAUGCAAACGCAGCCGUUUCAGGAAGCCAACCUUGGUUUGAAACCCAGGGCAGUGGCUCUUGGGGUACAGCCCAUUUACCAGGGACCUGUGCAUUGCAUCACAACCAUCGUGCGGACUGAGGGCCUGGCAGGGAUGUACCGGGGCGUUGGUGCCAUGCUGCUGAGGGAUGUCCCAGGCUACUGCCUCUACUUCAUCCCCUAUGUGUUCCUGAAUGAGUGGAUCACACCUGAGGCCUGCACAGGCCCCAGCCCCUGUGCCGUGUGGCUGGCCGGUGGCAUGGCAGGAGCAAUUUCUUGGGGGACGGCAACUCCUAUGGAUGUCGUGAAAAGUCGACUCCAAGCUGACGGGGUUUAUUUAAACAAAUACAAAGGUGUCCUGGAUUGUAUCUCCCAGAGUUACCAGAAGGAAGGUCUUAAAGUGUUUUUCAGAGGCAUCACAGUGAACACCGUGCGUGGCUUCCCCAUGAGCGCCACCAUGUUCCUUGGGUAUGAGCUUUCACUGAAGGCGAUCCGUGGGGACCACACCGUGCCCAGCCCCUGAGCGCCAGGCUUUAGUCUACAAGUCUUUUCCUCCAGGAAGCCUGCCCUUAUGCCUCAGCCAAGAUGAGUUGUGCCUGCUGUAGGCUCUCCCCUGCAGCCCCUGCUCAGCCCCUACCACAUCCCCUUGCAUCAUAACUGCCUGAUGACUUUCCUCACUCCCCAGCCAGCGUGAAAGUCCUGGGAGAGCUGUGACUGUUUCUUCACUUCUCUAUUGCUCGUGCCUCGCAUGGAACCUGAUAC